AUGCGCCCGGGCAACGCGUCCCUAGAAGGGGGGCAAGACUUCCUCGGCCCCAAACACCAGGUCCCUUGGAUUGAGUCCGUGGCCAUCUGUGACGCUCUGCAACGCACUGCAGGAACCGGGCAUGAUGGGAAUAUGACAAAGCCACGGCGUGUCUGGGAUUGGUACUUGUGGUCUUCCGUUCGGCAUCUCCUGUUCGGGAUUUGGAGAUCGGUGUCUGGCGGCCGGUGUCUGGAGACGGAGCUGGCAUGGGCCGAGCUGGAUGAUUACGAACCGACCGUCCUGUGGAUUGAAGAUGCUGGAGAAGAUGAAGGGGGUAGGAAGGAUCGUGUUGAAAUGGGCGCUGGCUCCUCUCCGCCUGCAGGACUCGGCAGUGCUUGGACGUCUGGGCUGUCGUUCGGCCUGUUCCUGGAAGCCACGCUAGAACACCCGGUUACUUGA